UUGGCCGCCAGAGAUCUAAAUGUUGCUUUAAUUUACUCCAAACACUUGGAGUUCUUGAGUUGGCUCUCUAUCUUUAAUGUGCAUAUGGAUAAAACAGCAGCCAAGACUGGAAUGAAGAAAGGUGCAUGGACUGAAGAAGAAGAUAAUCUUUUGAGGAAAUACAUUGAGGAGUUUGGAGAAGGGAAAUGGCACCAAGUUCCAGCUAAAGCAGGGUUGAAUAGAUGUCGAAAAAGUUGUAGAUUGAGAUGGUUGAAUUAUCUCCGACCGAAUAUAAAAAGAGGGGAAUUUGCUUGGGAUGAAGUUGAUCUCAUCAUCAGGCUUCACAAGCUGUUAGGCAACAGGUGGUCGUUGAUCGCCGGUAGGAUUCCAGGGAGAACGGCGAACGACGUGAAGAAUUACUGGAAUACCCACCUCAAAAAGACGGCUGAAUUUGGCAAGCCACCUCGUCGGCAACAAGAAAAUGGAAGAGAAAACAUCGUCAUUGGACCUCCAAACUCGUCAAAGAUCUCAUCUUUCUUGUCAUUGGGAACUGAAACAACAACUACAAAAACUACUAUGCCCGACAAUGACGUGAGCAAGCGGACAUUUACGCCAUCGCCGCCGGCCGAUAGCGUAACACAAUGGUGGGAAAAUUUGCUGGCUAUUGGUGAAAGGGAUGGGGCAAUCACGUGGUCGCCGUCGUUGACAACCUCCGAUGAAGGAGAUAAGGCGGUGGGCGACGGGGAAACAUGGUCACGAGUAAUCGGUGAUGGCAACUCUACGUUUAUUGACGAGGGUGAAUUCAGUUGGAUCGAGUUUCAGUUUCGCAUGGGUACAAGUAAGUGGAACGAUGGUAUUUGGGACUUGGGAGAGUAACCGAAGUAAUAAUUAUUUUUCAAGCACUAGCUUAGUGUGAUAAUAUGUAAUAUUUUGUGAACAAGUGACACCAACUUAAUUUUGACAAAUAAUUAUUACCAUAUUUAA